GGCAGGCCCGACGCCUUUGUGUGCAAAAUGCCCUUCUCUCGCUAAGUGUUUUUGAACCUUUGACAAUUUAGCAUGCAAUUUGAUUGUACAAAUAGGGGUGAACCGCCCACCACCAUGUAAGCAAGCCUUGCCAAGCCUGUUGCUUAUUCUUCUAUUCAAUCAUUAUUACAUGCCACCCUUUUCCCACCUAGUUGGUUCCCUUUUUGCGAGCGAGACGGGUUGGCGGGUAGCUUUGCCUUUGCUCUUUGCUCUUGUCCUUCAUUCCCACAGGCAAAGAAAAGUCGACCUGAUACCCAACAUUUCAAUCAUACAAAAAUAAACCACUUUCCUUUACUGUCUUAUACGUUCAUUCCCCACUUUCCUUUCUCAUGGCUUUUUGGAAAGAGAUGGCUAUCGGCGUUGCCGAUGGAAAUACAAUGUCGACGCUGCUCGAUCAGGCCACCCAGACCAUCUCACGGCCGCGAUACCGCAAAGGGCUUCUGACGGUUCUCGCCUUGACUGUCCUGUCAACAGUUUGGCUGUACGGCACCGCGAUCGUGCAGCGGACGGGUCAACUAGUCAAACAUGUCAACCAUAGCUUCAGAGGUCCGAGAUACCACAGCACCUGGGAUGAUGCAUACGGGGUCAAGUCGCACGCGGACCACCUUAUUCCUCCGAAUAUCUGGCAGAUUAUGCUGCCCAAAGCCUGGGGCGAUGAUACCCCUGUCAACACGGACACUCUGAAGGAGACGGCCACGUGGUUGGCCAUGAACAGAGAUUACAGAUAUACUCUUGUUGGCGAAGAUGGCGGAAAGGGCUUUGUCAAGCACCAUUUUGGCGACAACGAGACUAUUGUUUCACUCUUCAACUCUUUGCCCAACGUCGGCAUGAAAUCCGACCUGCUUCGAUACAUGCUUCUCUAUGUCGAGGGCGGUGUCUACACGGACACGGAUACCGUUGCAUUAAAGCCCAUCGACCAGUGGGUGCCGAGGACGUUCCGCAACCAAACCAAGCUCGUCGUCGGUAUCGAGUUCGAUCAGCUCGACGGAGGCAGAUGGGCCGACAUCCCCCAUACGAUUCAGUUUUGUCAAUGGACCAUUGCUGCCGCGCCUCGCCACCCCGUCUUCCAGAUGAUGAUAUCCCGGAUUAUCGAGUCUUGGGAAUAUCUAAAGCGGGAGCACAACCCCGACGGCCAAAACCCGACGUGGAACCCGUCCAACUUUGAGGUCCUGAACUCGACUGGCCCAGCGGCAUGGACGGAUGUGGUCUGGGAGUAUCUGCAGACGACCGACGACAGCUUGACGGAUCUUAGGAACCUGUCAUCCCUGGGUCCUCCCAGGCUGUUCCGUGACGCCCUCGUUCUACCCAUCGACGGGUUCGGCAUGGGACAGCGACACUCGGGCAGCACUAAUGACGGAAGCGUACCCGAGGGUGCGCUGGUAAGACACCUGUUUGGGGGUUCAUGGAGAGGAGACUAGCGUAAAAGUCUGAUAUUUUCUCGGCAUGAUAAUUUUCAAGUGUAGUUAUAUCGAGCAAGCUACUGCAUACCAAAGCAGCUCUUCCAUUUGUACAUAAUAUUAGCGUCAUUUAGCACGAACUUGGAGCGUGGGUAAUCUGGGGUCAAUCUUUUAGUUGUUGGCCAUGUGACUUUUUUUUUUUUAACCUUAAAUUUUUAUUUCGCAUCGUGCCUGUCUGGAAUUGGAACAGCAUACUGGAAACUCGAAACCAAUACUGGGUAGACCUGGCCCCCUAAGAACGGCCACGCGCAGGGGCCCA